UGUUCAAAUUAUAUUCUCAAAUGUGAGAAUAACUGACAUUUCAUUUUAUAUAUAUUUAUAUUUAUCUAUACUAAGUUUGUGUAGUAGUUAUCGGAAUUGAAAUAUAUAAUUAUUGUAAUAUGGUUUGAUAAAGAGGUUCAGGAUAUUCAUAGGUAUAUCUCCUUAUGUAGAAUAUUACUGAAGAUACUAGAAAUAUCAUUCAAACUAACAGUUAAUGGGGAAGGAAGUCUAUCGAUUAUUUAAUUUUUAUUUUAUCUUUGAUUACACCGGAAUGAUGAGUGUUUUAGAUUGAUUACCACAUUCCAAAUUGACUGUUACAGUUCAGUCAACACCAUUAAAGACUAGAUACAUGACUCUGCUUACUCUCUAGUGUCCAGUUAUUAUAACAUCUUAGUUCAAAUGUUGGAUUGAUGAAAAAUGUUUACCUUUUAUGGGACUGGCUGAAGAUGGUUAGUUCAGUAGAAUGUUUUUAAGUGUAAUCUGCAUGCUCUAUGAUUACUGAAAGUGCGCCGUUCAAACCAACAGCAACGUCGGGCGUUGAUGGCAGUCGCACAACUAACCCAAUUCAAAAUAACCCAACAGCAUCGUCAGGCGCAGUGCCUUCAAGUUCCUCUAAUGCAAAUGGUGCACUCCUAAGUAAUCUUUGGACUCAACUUGAUCACAUACAGCCUACGAUCCCUGACAGGUUGUCGGUUGCUAUAUUAGAGGGUGCUGGUGUACAAAUGGAAAACAGUGAUCCACGACUCGCACGUCUAGUUAGUCUUGCUGGUCAAAAGUUUUUGACUGAUAUCCUUUCUGAUGCUAUGCUCCAUUGGCGACUUGCAAAUGGACAACCUACUGGUCUACUUAAUCAUCCCGGUAGUUCAGCGUCAUCUGUAGCGGGUCAAGUGUCCACCACAUCAUCAGCUGCCAGUCAAAAUCAACCUGUUCCACAAUCACCAUCGUCAAAUGCGAGACCUGGAGCAAAUAAGUUCCCUGCUGAUCGUCGUGCUACUCUUACACUAGAGGAUUUAAUUGCUUCGUUAAAUGACAGAGGCAUUCAUAUCGCCCGACCACCUUAUUACCGAUAGGUUGAGUCUGAUGAAGGAUAUCCUUUGAGUUUAUUUUCUUACUAACAUAACUAUUAAGCAUUGAUGUAAAUUUUCAUUUUCGUUGUUACCUUUCUGUUGCUUCUUUUGUGCUCACCAAGUAUUAUGAGUAGUCUUCUCAAAUUUAUUAACUCCUUCUUGACAUCUAUGUGCUCAUCGUCAGCAAUAAAUUUUCGAGUAUCAACUAUUUAUUUUGACAAACCAUUUGUGUAUUGUGUUCAAAAUAAAGUAGAAUAAAUGUUUUAUCUUCCUUUUCUGUA